AAUUGAGGGGGCUAAGAUACACACUCGCUGGACACUCGGACCGUGUUGACGUUGCGCUCGUCGCUGCACAAAAUCGAUAGGUUAAGGAGUGUGUGGUGCUAGCAAUGCAUAUUGAACGCCGAACUUCAUACGUUGUCCGCUUGAGGGAUCAGGAAAUCGAGUAGGGCCACUAAUUCCAUAAAUGCGCAAGGUGGCGUCCUGCUUUUACACUUGCAUGGGUCUGAUGCGGACUGUGGGAGUCGGGGUCGGUGCCGGCAGCGAUGCCCAAUUGCCGGAGGAGUCGGUAUCCACGCUGAAUCAUUUGCCGACCUACAGGCAGAUUCCCGGCGCCGGAACGGGCGCUGGAUCGGCGCCAGCCAAGCGGGUGCCCGUCCUCUUCUCCACCAAUCGAGGACUCUAUCUGCGCCUCGCCCAGCCACUGGGGGAGCAGAUGGAGGUGCUGACCCUUCAACCACGCGGACAGAACUACAACAUCAGCUUCUGCGAUCUGGAACGUUGGAGCACCAAUCGCGCCAAUGUUGUCAGUUUGGAGGACACCUUUACCAUCAUGCAGCAGCGCAAUAAAUCGCCGGAAUCUCUCAACUAUCAGCCACGCCUGUGGAAAAACAACGUCAGCUACAGCCUGAUGCACUGAACUGAAAGCACCUCAAGAUACUAAUCCUUCACAAUACAAUAGCUGUAGACCGAUGGACAAACAAUCUGUGUGUAAAACUAAUUACAACUAUUUUUACUUUAAAUAA